AUGGCAAAAAGCGUGAUGAGUAUUAGUGGCGCUAAUGUUUAUCCGGCACAUAGCUUUCAUCAAGAAGGAAAAGAAGAGCGCACUAGAAGGGUUUUGAUGCUUACUGCGGAAGAACGCGCGGAAUUACCUUUCCGAAGGAUUUCUGCACUUACAUUCAUUGUUAUUAUGCUUAUAUUUGGCUUACCAUUAUGGUGGCAGACUACUUCAACAUACCGAGUUCCAUUUCGUACUUUUUCUUUUGAUCAGCAGAUCACUUUGCCGGUGUAUAUAUCAAUAGCUAGUUCGUAUUCAUCUGUGAAAUCCCAUGUUGGUCGUGCAAUUACUCUACUUCUGAAUGAACUUUCUGGGCUUCCAGAAAUCGAUCGACUGCACCUUGUGUUUAAAUUGAACCAUGAAGAUAUGGAUACUUUGGAAUUCAUUUCAAGAACUAAUGCGGAAAUGAAUAAUUUCUUUGGAGUGCAUAUCGCAAUAAUUAAUGAGACGGUAUGGCCUUAUUUUGGGUAUACAGCCUAUUUCGACGACCAGUGGACACUUAUUCUGAACUGCGAGGACGAGUCAAAACUCGCACAACGUUUAUUUGCAGUCAUAACAGAUGUUCUUUUGGAUACGAACCACCUUUCAGCAAUUGUAAGACGUGAUCUAAGGCAGCGAAUACAAUCAUCGGAAAUCGUUGCCCUAUCAUCAAGUCAGCAGAAACGUUUGAUUUGGGAUUCAGUCGCUUUAAGUGCUCAGUACAUUGUGCAGGUAAUAUUUUUACACUCUGGUCAUAACGAAAGUAGCGAACAUUAUUCACCAGAGGAUAUUAUUUUGCAUACACGCCGAUUCGCUACGAAAUUGGCUGAAGUAUCAGACUUGAUUAUCAGUUCAGAACAUCUGUGGGAUUUUGACUUGACAGCAUGGCUGAAAAAAGAUGUACAAGAAAGAAAUAUCAUCCAGAUAGAUGACAUAUCACAAAUAGUUACUGCCAUCGAACAGGAGACCAGCACCGUUGAAUCAUCUGCUCCAGUUAUGAAGUUAGUAAUACUGGACGCAUCUCAGCCAAUUGCUCUUCUUGACUACAUGGGUGAUGAAAGCAAUGGUGUAGUUGUGGCUUCUUGGGGUGCUUUACUUUCCUAUGGUGGCAAGAAACGCUUAGCUGUCAAUCAGUCAGUGAUUGCGGCUAUGCGUGUACUUUUUGGCUUUGAUACAGACUUACCAAUAUCAUAUGAUCGGCUACCACUGCCAGUGGCGAAAUGGGAAAUUAAGCGUAUCAAAUUGCGUUCAUUUAUCGAUUGUUCGAUAAAUGGGAUCUCAUCGCUUGCUACAAUUCAUAAAUUAAUCUCACAAAUUGAUAAUAUUGUUAUAAAUGAAGAGGUGGCGAGUAAAACUAAUUUAGCGGUCGAGCUUAUAUCUCAGGCUAUUUCAACAGUUGAGAAAACAGGCUAUAUUGAUAUUACAUCGGUUACCGAAGGUCGAGCACUGGCCGAAAGUGUUCUGAAUGAUAAAAGUUUGGUCUCGUUGUUAUAUUUUCCGAAUGAUCAAAAAUUUGCAAUCUAUCUGCCAUUAUUUUUACCAACGCUCUUACCGUUAUUUGGUUCAAUUUUGGCUUUAAAUAGAUAUUGGAUGGGUAGGGAAUAG